GUCAGUCGAAAAUCAAAGAAUUUAACGAUAUGUUCGUUUUUCCCGGCAACGACAAUAUUUUUUUAAGCAAAGAAUCGUUUUUGUUAAAUAUGCAGGUGUAAAUUAUUUAUAAUUGGUUACUUUGUUAACGUUUCAUAUAAGCAACAUGGCUAAGUGGAAGUUAAAACGACAAACGUAUGGUACAGAAGAAUUUACUUUAAGGGAAGGAGAAGUCGUGACAAUCGGAAGAGGAAUUCAAAAUACUAUAACCCUAUCAAGUUUGGUUAUAUCACGGAAUCACUGUUCACUACAAAUAAAAAAGAAUGAAAUCCUCGUCACCGAUCUUCAGAGCUCAAAUGGAGUCUAUGUAGGUACAAAGAAAAUUUCACCAAAUAUUCCAUAUACACUGAAAGAUUCAGAUAUUGUUGGUAUUGGUUGGAUAUCUGGUGCUUCUUUAGGGAAAGUGCAAGAUACUGAAAAAUAUGUCUUUAAAAUUAUUAAAGAACAAUCUCCUGCAUCAAUAAUUAGCAGAAUCACAUUUCAAAAUGAAAAUGAAUAUGAUGAAAUAGAAGAAAAAAUAUCAUAUUUAGAAAAUCUUCAUAACAAUAGUAACAUUAAAUCUCCAGAUAAAGAAAUUAAAAAAUCUCCAGAUACCGAAAUGAAAAAUGUUCUAAAAAGAAAAAUUGAUAUAGAGAAUAAUGGUAAAGAACUAAUAGAUAUUGACAAUAUUGUAAGUAUUGUGUUGUCAGACAGUGACAAUGAAAAUAAUUUACGGAAACAAGAUUUCAUUAUAAAAAAACCAAAGCUAGAGGCAAUAUGUGAGGAGCCCCAAAAACAAAUUGAUAAAAACCUAGAUAACACUGAUGAAAUGAAUAUUAAAAAAGAAUUUCAAUUAAAAGGUGAAGAAGAAUAUACAUACCCUGAAAUGGAAGCUUUUAAUGUGAAACAGGAAUAUUUAGGUUAUGAUGAACCAAUUGAAAUAGACAGUGAUAGUGACAGUGAGUCAGAACAUUGGUUCUUGAGACUAUCACAAAGUUCACCUGGAAAACCUUUUGUUAAAGUGCCUGGAGAGAAAAAAGAUCAUAAACCAGAAGAUAGUUCUUACAGUCAGAUUGAGGAUGAUAUAGGUGAUAGGUUUUCAGAUGAUGAAGAUUAUAUACAUGACUUAAUUACAAUUCCUGUACAACCACAUGAUUUAGGACUGCCACCUUUAGAAAAUAAUACAUCAGAAACACAAGAUACACAAGAAACAAAAGAUGAGCUAGAACAUAAUAAGUUACCCAAUGAACUUCCAAAUAAGAUAGGAAUAGAUGAACCUGAUGGAACUAGUUCAAAAGACCACAAUGAAAUACAAAAUAAAGCUUUAGCACUAAAUACCGAAAAUAAUUUGUCUAAAAAAGCUCAAAUGAUUGAACCCCAAGUUCAUUUACCACGAAAGAAAUCAAAUCUAGUCAAUCAAAGCAGUACGAAACCAAAACAUAAAACUGAAAAACACGACAAAAGUAGCCAUUCCUCAAAACGGCACAUAAGCAGUUCACAAAAAGAAGAACGGAAAAAGAAAUUAAAAGAAAUAGCUGUUAAGGAAAAGGAAGACAAUAAUCAGACAAACAGCAAAAAUAGUGUCAAUAAUUUAACAAAAACAUUCCCAAGUAUAAAAGUGACAUCAUCUAACAGAGGAGCCUUUUUAACAGAUUCUAUUCAAGUUGUAAAACCAACAAAAAGAAAAGAAAGCCCACAGAAAUCUAAAUCUAGUAAUGAAAAAACUGAAAGGUUAAGCCCGACAGAUAAUUCUGUCGAGAUAAAAUCUAAAAUUGAAUCUGAAACAAAAAAAUCAGACAAAACUGAAAAGAAAGAACGAAAGUUAGAAACCAGAGAUAAUAUAGAAAAUAAAAAUAAACACACUGAAAAAAAAGAUAGAAAGGAACAUAAAAGUAAACAUAGGCAUGAUAGCAGUAAAAGUAAAUCAAAACAUUCAAAAUCUGAUAAAAAUUCUAAUAGCGUUACUGAAACAAGAGUCCCUUUGAAAAGUUUAAAGCCCUUAACAGAUUCUGAAGAGUCAUUUGCAGGGAAACCAUUUUCUAAAGUUGAACCAUACAAAAAACCAAAAAAGACAGUUCGUUUCUCAGAAGCUGCACCAGAAAUACAUUACUUUGAAAUAGCAGAAGGCAAUAAAAUGAAGAAAACUAGCUUAGUGAAGACAACCUUAGUGGAUUCCAGACAGAUGCCUAUGUUUUCUUUGGAAAAGAUCACUCUCAUGAAGAUAUUGCGCUGGAAUCCCCAUUGGCUUGAAGAACAGAUUAACAAUAAUGAGCCUCCUCCCAUAUUAGGACAUAAUAAUCCUCCAAUGGCUAUAUUUCAUUCUUUUAAUAAUCACCAUCAAUAUGUACAAUUAAUAGGUGAUUUGUUACUUAUGGAAAUUUGGGAAUGCCUAUCGAUAGCGUACAUGAAAAUACGUAAUCAAGCUAUUGGCUUACAAAUGAGGAUAGCCACAUUACCGCCCGUUCCUACUCCAGAACGCCACUUUGAUAUAUUUAAUUUAAGUGUUGAUGUAUCCCUGCCCACAACAGAUAUUAGAAAUUUACCCAGGGUGGGUGAAGUAUUACUUGUUUCAUUCGGGCCUGAGAAUGCUAGGCAUCAAAGAUUUUUCUUUGUACAUAAUGUUAGAAGUCUGCCUUCACCACCAAGUAAUAGAAACUCUUUUUAUAAUAUAUCUCUACAUGCAACUUUUACGGAGAAAAUUAAACUCUUGAAGCCUGGUGAUAUGAUGAUAGGAAUUAAUUUGGCUUAUAUAAGUAAGGAGCUUUCACUCUUUGAAGCGAUGGCCUACAUGGCUGGCUCUCCUCUGAGUGAGGCCAUCCUCACGCCAGAACCACGACAUUUUAUGAGGAAAGAUAGUAAUGUUCCUAUCAAUAUUAAUAAUCCGUGGACAAAUACACUGAAUACAAGUCAGUAUUCUGCAGUAAAAAAUUCUGUAUUGGCGGCACUUGGUGAUCAACCCAGUAUACAAAUGGUGCAAGGACCUCCAGGAACAGGAAAAUCAAGUGUAAUAUGUUCCAUCGUCAUGACAUAUUUUUACGAUGCAGCAUGUAAAAGGCAACAGAAUAGAGGCAAAAUUUUAAUUUGCGCAACGAGUAACGCAGCUGUUGACGAAUUGGUCUUAAGAUUGCUUAAUAUCAGACAGCAAUUACCUAAACAAGAAAGGUUUCGCAUGGUUCGCGUUGGUCGAGCGGAGGCGAUGCACCCGCGAGCUCGUGAAAUUAGCUCGCAGAAUCUCGCGCAACGGGAAUUACGUUCACAACAAGAACCGCCCACACACCCAGGUCUCAACGAGGAGAUAUCUCGACUAGAAGCUAAAAUAAAUAUGUGGAAAACAUCGGCACAGCACGCUUUCGAAAGAAAAGACGACAUGCGGGUGGCAUACUGCGAGAGUCGCGUCACUGAGCUGAACAAGCGUAUUGCCGUGCUACGAACUGGCAACAGCGUCGACGAGCUACGGCCUGAACAACUAAUAAGCUCGGAGCGGCGCAUCAUUGAAGGCGCCGAUAUAGUUGUCACCACACUAGCCAGUGCACACAAUCACAAAAUGAGGGGGCUGAAACGUCGCAUAGCGUUAUGCAUAGUAGACGAAGCGGGACAAGCCAUUGAACCGGAGACUUUGAUACCACUCACCCUCGACGUCACCAAUCUUACAUUGAUUGGAGACCCACAGCAGUUACCGGGUUACAUCUGCUCGCAGCGUGCGAAGAAAUACGGUUUAGGCGAAAGUCUGUUCUCAAGGCUGUCGUCUUGUGCGGAAACGUGGCAUUGUGCACCGGUCGCGUUACUGGACCACCAGUACCGCAUGCAGGCGGCCAUUGCUGAUUAUCCUAACCGAGCUUUCUACGCAUCGCGCGUGCAUACUGUUGCCCCACAUCGGCCUGAUAUACCGAUACCAGUCUACAUGCUGCUAGGCAUCUCUAGUGGCGACAAAGGACAGAAUGCGGCGGGUGCGAACGAGAUGGAGGCGUGGGGCGUUUCCCGAUUGGUGGCCGCCCUCAGCGGCGCGGUGCGCACGCGCGGCCUCAGUAUCGCCGUCAUCACGCCAUAUAACGCGCACAAGGAACUGAUCAAGAGAAACAUACGGCAGUUACUCAAUCCCAAACUUCUCUCAGAGUGCUACACAAAUGUUCGUGUCAUCGAAGCUUUAAGCUAUUUCGUGAUCCUAGCAGUAGAACCACUUUGGGACGGAAGACCAGGUGGAGGUGAACACGGUGGACAGCUUCCAAGGUCAGGAGAGGGAUGUGGUGGUGGUGUCACUGGCGCGCAGUCACGGCGUCGGUUUCCUCACCGACGCCGGCAGAAUGAAUGUAAUGCUGACGAGAGCUCGACACGCGCUAUUGGUCUGCCUCAACCCGCACGCCAUACUGAAGCUCUUUAUUUUAUAGAGAAAUCAACAAUGGCGUACUCUACUGGAAGACGCUCAAAGAAGAAAACUUUACAGCACUAUUCCAUUCAAGAUGUGUCAACCGACUAG